AAAAAACAUGAACGCAGAAUUUCUUCUUUUUUUUUUAAAAUUGUUUAUAUCCAUUUAUUGUUUCAGUUGCGUAGUUAAAGUCUUAGUAGCAUAAACCUAAGAUACAAAAAGAGUGUGACAUUUUAGUGUUAUUGGUGAUUAUAUUAGUUAAAUGGUUUUUCUGAACAAACUGUGAUUGUGGCGAUAAACGUUUUUUUAUGUAGGCUGCAUUUUCAAAAGUCCUCAAUGGAUGGACACAAAUUCCUCUCAAUACUGCUUCAGUGUAACUUUACUGUGACUAAAAGCAAAUUUAGGUACCAAUUCAAAUGCAGACUUUUAAGAUAUUUUUGAUUAACCUCAAGUUUUUGUUAAAAUUACCAAGUACUAAAAUGUGCUAAAAUAUUGUGGAAAUCAGUUUAAAAAGGUAUAAAAUCCUCUUUUUGCCACAUUUUCCAAUUGGUUUAAAUUUAAAUCCUGUGACGUGCAAAAUUUAUUCUGAACAAUUAAUCUUUGCUGUGUGAAAAAGAAGGCUGCAGCCAACUCAAUAUUUUGUACAUAACCUUAGGAAAACUGUGUGUGCUUUAAGUCGUGCCGUCUCCAAAAUGCAUAAUGCUUGUGUACCUUUUGCCUAAAUAGGAUACUAAACACAUCCCAAUAUGUUUUUCUGCAGUUCGUGUUUCAAUAAAGUUUCUAGUUUCCUUUUAAUCCUUCUAAACGUGGUAUUUUGCCUUUGUUGUACCAAAGGAAUGCCUUCAGUUUGUGAAAAUGGUCCUCAGCGGCUCCCAACAGUCCUGAMUAAGCUGUAUGUAUACAUCAACCUGAUCUUCAAUAGUUUUAAAACAAAAAGCCAGUGUUUUUUAAAUGAGCUCAUCCUCUUCGUCUGUUUUUUAAAAAACACUAAAUGACCUUUUGUAAUGCAACCUUCAAAACAUAAAAUAAAGCUCAUUCCUUCAGGUUAUGUGCUGCAAAAUACAUGUUUGACUUGAAAAUGGUACAGUGCUUUAACAUGUAUUGUCAUUAAUCUUUAGUUAGUGUAUCUCUCCAAGCUCUCGAGAGCAUUUGUAUCUUCGGCCACUUUGAAAUGACUGAAUUUCAACAGUAUUCCCAAAUCAAGCUUGCAGGGAUCUUACUUGACUUUGAUGCAAAGUCAGUGCUGGCUGGUUUUUAUAAAAGAAAAAUAUCGCAGAGGAGAGGAUUCUAAAAGCCUAAAGAUCGCCACAAGAAGGUAAAACUAACCCCAACACUCAUCUAUUAGAUUUAUUUUAUUUUUUUAUUUUAUUUUAUUUUCUGUGGGAACAUUUAAGUAAUGAAAGUCAUCCGAAACAUCAAAACCAUUCAAGUACAAAAUUAUACUGAUUAUUUAGUAUUUUACUCCGAGCAAAAAAAACGCACAAAACAAUCAUAUGGUUGUGAUGCAACUCUUGCUCAACAAAAAGAAAAAUUGUUUCAUUUCACUCAAUACUUAUUCCCAUCUUGGUUAUUUAUCUGUAGUCUGUAGAUUAAUGAAAUUAAAUGUGUAGCUUAACCUAAAACGUUUAAAAACAUUCCAUUGAUGGACAAAAACCCUUCAGCUUGAGUUGCAUGAGACUUUAUAGCUUAAAAUUAAUUUUGCAUGUUUGUUGCUCACUUGUCUGAAAUUGGGACUCUUGCGUGGCCCAGGUCUCAUUUUUCUUUCUCCUGAUAGGUUGACAGAAAGACGAAAGAGCAGUUGGUGGAUUCAGCUCCAGAGUAUGGAGCCAAUAAGGCUGCUUUAUGAUGCCCUGGAAAGAGGAGAGGCCCUGCAGAGGUUGACGGCUUCUUUGCUCUAAAGUGUAAACCGUGCUGGUCUGAAAAUGACUAUUUUUCUGUUUCAUUUUGGAGAGAAUGCUCGACAGAACGCUGCAUCGGCGUUGAAUAUCCAAUGCUUUUGGAUCACAAGACUUUUUACUUUUUUUAAUCCUUUUUGCUUCAUUUUUUUAUAAAGCACUUUUUUAAAAAAGAUUUUUUUUUACUUUAUUUUUUUAAAUAAAAAUUGUGAAAAGAACUGAUCUGAUGUGUUUUCUUACAAUCAGCUUGUGUUGACCUCUUUAUCUUUAGAUAUAUUGAUCUGUUGGAGGGGAAAUGCAGCAAGUCUGUGAUAUCAAAUAAAAUUUGUCAAAUCCUGUCAAAAACUUUGAGGCAAUUUUCUACUUGCAUGCAUGUUCACAAUGCUGCAAUUUUGUACCCUUUAGUUAAGAGGUUUCUCAUUCUUGUUACAUGUGCCAAAAAAAAUCCAGUCAACAUUAAUGCAGGGGACCAGGUUGCUUUGUUGGUGUUUUCUGUGUAUUUUAGGGGAAUUUGAGCAUUUUAUUAGCAUGAAAGCAACAAGAAAUCGUUUUUAUCAUCGUUACUAAAUCCUUGUUCAUUUGUAAAACAAAUACUGAGGUUUAUAUUAAUAUGGGGGGAAAUGUGUCCCUUUUAUACACAUAUAUAAAAACCCCAGAGUUAAACCAGCACUCUGGAUGUGCCUUUAAAUGACUCUCCUCCCACGAGCUAACAUCCUCGCGCACCCACCCACCCACCAGCAGCAGCAGCAGCGACUUGUUUGACAUCAACAAUGGCUCUCUCUGCAGAUUUCACAGAAAAAACAGGCAGCGAUUUAAAAACUCAUCUUCAGGUUUAACUCCUUACCUGUGGAACUGAAUAUUUCUAAGUGAAAACACCCAGCGUGUCUGCAGCUUUAAUGUGAACAGGUGCCAGAAUAAGGAGAGAAACCCAUCUGAGCACAAACCUGACGGAGGCGAGGUGUGGGUGCGUCUGCGAUGGCCGGUGGAAGGAGAGGGACGAAUCGUACCACAUACUGCAGACCUCCUCUGAGCAGUGAGCCAGGCUCUGUUGGCAAUGGAAACCACACAACCAGUUCUCCGGUCACCGGGGUGCGAUCUCGCACGAGGAACGGCUCUGGAACGUGCAUGUCCAGCCCUCCUCUUGCAGCGCAGACCRUGGUUCCUCUGAAGCACUGCAAGAUCCCCGAGCUGUCCGUGGAUCGAAACGUGCUGUUUGAGCUGCACCUUUUCUUCUGCCACCUCAUCGCACUGUUUGUCCACUAUGUCAACAUCUACAAGACGGUGUGGUGGUAUCCCCCGUCACAUCCUCCCUCACACACAUCACUGAAUUUUCAUCUCAUUGAUUAUAACAUGCUGGUCUUCACCAUCAUCAUUCUGGCAAGAAGAUUAAUUGCAGCCAUUGUUAAAGAGGCAUCCCAGAGUGGGAAACUCUCUUUCCCUCACUCGAUAUUUUUGGUGACGGCUCGGUUUGCGGUCCUAACACUCACAGGGUGGAGCCUGUGCCGUUCCCUCAUUUACCUCUUCAGAACCUAUUCAGUUCUCAGCUUGCUGUUCCUUUGCUACCCGUUUGGGAUGUAUAUCCCGUUCUUCCGGCUGAGCUGCGAUUUCCGGCGAGCKGGCUCUCUCUCCCCGAUCGCCAGCAUCGGCUCCAAAGAGGUGGGCAGCGUGAGCCGGGGCCGGGACUACCUGACCGUGCUGAAGGAGACGUGGAAGCAGCACACCAGCCAGCUGUACGGCGUUCAGGCCAUACCUACACACGCCUGCUGCCUGUCCCCGGACCUCAUCCGGAAGGAGGUGGAGUACCUGAAGAUGGACUUCAACUGGAGGAUGAAGGAGGUGCUGGUCAGCUCUAUGCUGAGCGCUUACUACGUGGCGUUUGUUCCAGUUUGGUUUGUAAAGAGCACCCAGUACGUAGAUAAAAGAUGGUCUUGUGAGCUCUUUAUAUUGGUAUCAAUCAGUACGUCAGUCAUCCUCAUGAGACACCUGUUGCCGCCUCGGUACUGUGACCUGCUCCACAAAGCUGCAGCGCACCUUGGCUGCUGGCAGAAAGUAGACCCCUCGCUUUGCUCCAACGUCCUUCAACACAUAUGGACUGAAGAGUACAUGUGGCCACAGGGGGUUCUGGUAAAACACAAUAAGAACGUCUAUAAGGCUAUGGGCCACUAUAAUGUGGCCAUUCCAUCAGAUGUGUCACAUUAUCGCUUCUAUUUCUUCUUCAACAAGCCUUUACGGAUAUUAAACAUACUCAUCAUCCUCGAAGGUGCCAUGAUAUUCUACCAGCUCUACUCGCUGAUAUGCUCAGAAAAGUGGCACCAGACGAUAUCGCUGGCGCUGAUCCUCUUCAGCAACUACUACGCCUUCUUCAAGCUCCUCAGAGACAGAAUCGUCCUAGGAAAGGCAUACUCGUACUCAAACAGCUCAUCGGACCAGAAAGUCAGCUAAAGCCCGCGUUCAGAGUCGGAUACAAACAUGCCUAAGAGUUCUGUAUUUUUUCUACAAGCUGCAUUUUGUGUCACAUUUUUUUGUUUUGAACUGACUGCCAUAUUAAAAUAAAAUAUUUUUGUAUUACUUUA